CACGAAAUCAAACAACUCUUUUUAGGGCUAUAAAUAUUCAUAAAACCCUUAAAACCCUCUCUGUCUUCCCCGCCACUCUUCCAUUUUUUUAGUCUUCUACCCUACUUUCCCUCUGCUUCAUUCCAUUUUUCUUCCAAUGGAGUUUUGGGGUGCUGAGGUUAAGGUUGGGGAGUCUGUUAAGGUUGACCCAACUGAAUUUGAGGCAUGCAUCCACCUUUCUCAGGCUGCUCUUGGUGAGGCAAAGAAAGACAAAACAAAUGAGCCUGUUGUUGUGUACUUGAAGGUCGGUGAGCAGAAGUUUGUCCUGGGGACCCUGUCCAGGGAGAAAAUCCCUCAAAUAUCCCUAGAAUUGGUUCUGGAGAAGGAGUUUGAACUAUCCCACAGUUCAAAGAGUGCCAGCGUACAUUUCUGUGGAUACAAGGCAUAUUACUCUGGCGAUGAUAGCGAAGACGAUGAGUUUACUGAUAGUGAUGAGGAUAUUCCAUUGCUUAACGCAGAGAAUGGAAAACCUGAAAAGAAAGUUGAAGAAUUGAAGGCACUUGCAUCUAAAAAGCCUGAUGCUAAGACUGGUGCUGUAGCAAAAAAAGUCAAGGUUGUUGAGCCAGAGAAAGACAAUGAGGAUUCUGAUGAUGAUUCUGAUGAAGAUGAUGCUUUGGGAAUUUCUGAUGAAGAGAUGGAGGAUGCUGACAGUGAUGACAGCGAUGAGGAGGAUGACAGUGAUGAAGAUGACGAUGAAGAGACCCCUCCUAAAAAAGCCGAUUUGGGAAAGAAGAGACCAAACGAAUCUGCAUCAAAAACUCCUGUCUCCUCCAAGAAAGCUAAAAAUGCUACUCCUGAAAAGAAGGAUGGCAAGAAAAACAUAAAAGCAGAAACUCCUCAAUCCGUGAAGAAAGGUGGAAAGACUCCCAGCAGUGAAGCCAAGGACAAGAGUCCCAAGUCCGGUGGACUUAUUUGCAAGAGUUGCAGCAAGACUUUCAAUACCGAAAGUGGUCUGCAACAACAUAGCAAGGCCAAGCACGGCGGUCAGUGAUAUUUUGCAGUUGGAUAGCUUAUUCAUGAUUAUUUUUUUCUAUGUAAGAGUAUUUUAAGGACGGUAGGUUAUGUCCUUGUUUUUGGCCUAGUAAACCCUGGAAGUGUCAUGGUGAAUGCAUUUGUCGGAAGUUUUGUUUGAUAUUUUUGUCGGAACUUCUAUUAAUGUUUAAAGUAUUUUUCUUUGAUA